AUGGAUGAGGAAGAGACUAGCAAUCAUGAAAAGUCCCACUCCUACAGUCAACCCUCACAACAAGACUCAAAUCUGGACGAGAAAUACCCAAACCGUCCCCACAAUCACUCCCAGACAUUGCCGUUUCACGAGCUUUUUGAGACCCUGUUUAACCCUUUGAGUGAGCUCUCCAAGAAGCCCACAGGAUCUGCCGUUCCUCGGCGAAAAGUCGGGCCUCAUGGCCAGUCGGCAGCAAACCUUACUCCACACGAAAAACGACGGGAUGUCAUUGAGCGGUUCAUCUCCCGAUGGCGGAAGGAGGUGGGCGAUGAUAUUUAUCCUGCCUUCCGGCUCAUUCUUCCGGACAAAGACCGUGACCGCGCCAUGUACGGUAUCAAAGAAAAGGCCAUCGGUAAGUUACUGGUCAAAAUCAUGAAGAUCGACAAGAACUCAGAGGACGGCUUCAAUCUUUUGAACUGGAAGCUGCCAGGGCAAUUGGCUACCUCGCGCUUUAUGGCGGGGGACUUUGCCAGACGCUGCUACGAUGUUAUCUCAAAACGGCCCAUGAGGACGGAGGUGGGCAAUAUGUCGAUCGAGGAGGUGAACGACAAGCUCGACCAGCUUUCAAAUGCCUCCAAAGAGGACCAACAGCUGCCCAUCCUGUCGGAGUUCUACCGAAGAAUGAACCCCGAAGAGAUGCUGUGGCUGAUCCGCAUUAUUCUUCGGCAAAUGAAAGUCGGGGCUACAGAGCGAACGUUAUUCAAUGUAUGGCACCCAGAUGCUGCAAAUCUCUAUAGCAUAUCCAGUAGCCUUCGGCGUGUUUGCUGGGAGCUGCAUGAUCCGAACAUUCGACUGGGGGCUGAAAACAGUGGCAUUUCUCUGAUGCAAUGCUUUCAGCCCCAACUAGCUCAGUUUCAAAUGCAGUCCUUUGAUCGAAUGAUUGCCCGGAUGCGGGGUACACAAGAAGACCCUGUAUUCUGGAUUGAGGAGAAACUCGACGGGGAGCGUAUGCAGCUUCAUAUGCAGUCUGACAGCUCGGUGCCAGGAGGAAGGAGGUUUCGCUUCUGGUCGAGGAAAGCGAAAGAUUACACCUACCUCUAUGGAAAGAGCCUCGAGGACCCCAAUGGUGCCUUGGCCAGGCAUCUAAAAGACGCCUUUGCAGAUGGUGUCGACAGUUUGAUCCUGGACGGUGAAAUGAUUGCCUGGAAUCCUGAGCAGGGCGCCCCUGAACCAUUUGGCACGUUGAAGACCGCCGCAUUAGCCGAACAGAGAAACCCAUUCUCGAACGGAUCACGGCCGCUGUUUCGUGUUUUUGAUCUACUCUUGUUGAACGGGCACGAUCUGACCAGGUACACUCUUCGCGAUCGUCGAAAUGCCCUGCAAAAGAGUGUAACGUCAGUUCACCGUCGGUUCGAAGUCCAUCCUUACGAGGAGGCUACAGAUAAGACCCAGAUCGAAGCGGCGCUUCGAAGAGUUGUUGCGGAGGCUUCAGAGGGUCUAGUGCUCAAAAACCCGAGAGCCCCCUAUCGCCUCAAUGAACGACAUGACGACUGGAUGAAAGUGAAGCCUGAGUACAUGACAGAGUUUGGGGAGUCUCUGGAUCUGAUAGUCAUAGGCGGCUACUAUGGCAGCGGUCAUAGAGGAGGGGGUCUUGCAAGCUUUCUGUGUGGCUUGAGGGUCGACAAUGCUAGCUCUUCGCAAGGGAAUACCUCCACCAAAUGCUAUUCUUUCUGCAAGGUCGGGGGAGGCUUUACGGCGGCAGACUAUGCGAACAUUCGUCAUCAUACUGAUGGCAAAUGGAUGGACUGGAACCCCAAAAAUCCGCCAACGGCAUACAUUGAGCUGGCGGGUGGCAAUGCACAGCACGAGCGUCCAGAUCAGUGGAUCAAACCAGAGAAUUCGGUGGUCCUCUGUGUUAAAGCAGCAUCAGUAUCGAUCAGUGAUCAAUUUCGGGUCGGUUUGACAUUGCGCUUUCCGCGGUUCAAGAGGUUACGCAUGGAUAAGGACUGGAAGAGCGCGCUUUCCAUGCAAGAGUUCCUGGAUCUGAAGUCAAAUGUGGAGCAAGAGCAAAAGGAGAAGGAAUUCAGUGUUGAGAACUUCCGCAAGAAACGGGUGAAGCGACCAAAAAAAGCCUUGACGGUUGCAGGAUACAGCCCUAGUGCAGAGGUGAAGUAUGAAGGACCGUCAGGGCAUAUUUUCGACGGGUUCAACUUUUUCAUUUUAACGGACUCGGUAGCCCCAAUCAAGAAAUCAAAGGCGGAGUUGGAACAACUUGUCAAAUUGAAUGGAGGCAAGAUAUAUCAGACAAACAAGGCCGCUCCCAACACCGUAUGUAUCGCGGACCGAAGAACUGUGAAAGCAGCUUCUCUGCAAAAGAAUGGCGAUGUGAGCAUCAUCCGACCAUCUUGGAUCCUAGACUGUGUAAGGCAGAAUGAGAUUGAUGCGGGCCUGCCAGACUUGCUUCUUCCCCUGGAACCUCGGCACAUGUUUUUCACCACGCCCAGUAAGGAGGAGGAGGUAUUGACGAGUGUCGACCAGUUUGAUGACAGCUACGCUCGGGAUGUCACCAGGGAAGAGCUGGUCAGCUUGCUAGAUAAGAUGAGCGCGGACAAGAAUAGUUCCGAUGUGCCUCCGAGAGGCGAAGCUACCAAAAAGCUUAGAGAAAUUAUCCAAGAGAGAGUGGACGCAGGAUGGAAUCUCCCAUGCGGGUGGCUUUUUCAAAACUUGACGUUCUUCUUUCCCGACCUGACAACGCAGGUUCCAGACGCCGGGAAUUCGGAACAUCCCAGCUGCGGCUAUCGACUAUCUUUGGCUCGCAAUACAGCCAGAUUUGCAGGUGCCACCGUUGUCAAUGAUUGUGAGGAUCCCUCCAUCACCCAUGUGGUUGUAGAUCCGGAUACACCAUCCACAGAGAUUGCCACGCUAAGGAAAACUUUAUCUGCCCGAGCAGAUCAGAAAAUCCCUCACAUAGUUACCACGGAGUGGAUCAAGGAAAGCUGGGAGCAGCAGUCACUGCUUGAUGAAGAUAGAUAUCAUCCAAGGCCUGUUUGA